AUGAACCAAUUUUGGCCUUGUAAUUUUCAUCCUAAUAAGUAUCUAGAAAAACUAACAACAAACACUUUAUUUUCACCAAAAGAGCUGGAGUCCCAUUACCAAUACAUGUCAAUAGCAGUAGAUGUUGCAAAAUAUAAAAAUAAACAAAUUGGAUGUGUAGUUGUGGAUCCUAAAAUCAAUUCUGUAGUUGCUGUCGGCUAUAAUGAUAUAGAGAAAGGUCCCUGUAGACAUGCUGCUAUGGUUGCUGUAGAUAAUGUGUCCAAAACUCAAAAAGGAGGGGUGUGGAUGAGCAGCGAAAAUGCAGAAUCUACGGUUGGAGUACCACAGGAAUUACUAAAACACCUUCAAGAAAUUUACGCCACAGUUUUAUUUGGAGCACAGGAUUUUAAAGUAAAAGAUGAACUAACAGAUCCUGCCGAUGGUCCAUAUUUGUGUACAGGAUAUUAUGUUUAUUUGACUAGAGAACCAUGUGUUAUGUGUGCUAUGGCACUAAUACAUAGUCGUGCAAAGCGAGUUUUUUUCGGAGUGAAAAGUUUAAAUGGAGCACUCGAAAGUUUGUGUAAGAUUCAUACAGUUAAAGAUUUAAAUCAUCAUUACGAAGUUUUUGGUGGACUAUUAGUGGAUAAAUGUAGAAGUUUAAAUAAUUUUAAUGUUUGA